ACUGCCUCCGCCCGCUCGCCGCACCUACCCUACCGCGAGCGUCAGAGCCGCACGAGCGCCGCGGCCAAAGAGAGCUUGCUUGCUUGGCCCGCUCCGAUGGCCCGCGACGGCGCGUCGGCGGAGCGGCGCCGGGUGGCGCUGCGGGUCCUGCUCGCGCGCGGCGAGGGCUCCUCGUCGUCCUCCCCGCCGCCGCGGGGGCCCGAGGAGGAGGCGCGGCGGGGCAAGCAGCAGUGGCUCGCGCUCCGCCUGCGCGACCUCGGCUGCGCGUCCGCCGCCGCCUCCCGGGCCCACGCGCCCGUCGCCGCCUCGGCCUCCGUGCGCCCGGCCCCGGACGCGUUGGAGGAGGGCGAGGAGCAAGAGGGGGAGGAGGAGUGGCGCGGGGCCCGGCAGCAGCGGCGGCGGAGGCGGAGGGAGAGGAGAAGCGCGAGGGGCGCGGGCGGCGGAGGCCUCGCGGGGGCGGGCGGAGGGGUCGCCGGGGACGUGUGGUGCACCUGCACCCCGGGGAUUCCCUUCGCCGCCGAGGCGUCGUCCGUGGACUGCGUCGUCGCGCGCCACCACACGGCAGCUCCAGGCCGCCGCGGGGACGGGGAGAGGCGACACCGGGAGAGGACCGCCGAGCAGCGGGCGCGCAGGGUCACCAUGCGGGAGCACAUAUCCUCCUCCUUCAUGGACUCGCCGCCGCGCUUCCACAUGCCCUUCCACGACGCCGACCUCCUGCAUUCAGGCCGCCACCGCCACGCCCACCCCUACGACAGGACAGACCAAGAGAUAAUGAUGUUUCGAACGAGACUACUGUUGGGAAGAAUGGGCAUGUAUGAUCAAUACCAGGAUUGGCGCCUUGACGUUGAUAACAUGAAUUACGAGGAGCUACUCGCCCUCGAGGACAGGAUCGGCUAUGUAAGCACAGGGCUGCGCGAAGACGAGAUCGUCCGCGGCCUUAGGGUGGGCAAACACCUGGCGUUCGACCGCAAGCAUUUCUCAACAGAGACGGAGCGGAGCUGCAGCAUUUGUCAAGAAGAGUUUGAAGCAAGCGAAGAGAUAGGGAGGCUGAGCUGCGGCCACGGCUACCAUGUGCACUGCAUCAAGCAGUGGCUCUCCCGGAAGAACGCCUGCCCACUUUGCAAGGUCGCCGUCUCAAAACCAUGAGAGGCUCCUACGCCACAGUUUGUAUUUUCUGGUAGAAUACUUGUAUUCAUAUCAUAUCUGAAAGGGUGGUUGUUCUGUAUACGUAGUUCUGCUUGUACAGCCCCCUCUGAUGCUCUGCAUAUACACACUGUUGUUGUAAAAAAGAUAACACAGGCACACAUGCUAUAUAGAAAUGAUAUUCUUGUCCC